AUGUUGAUGCUCCGACGCGCGCCCGUCGCGAGCGCCCUCUUCAAAGCCUCGCCAUGUGUGCGAGCCAUGGGCAUUGCUCGCUAUACCUCCACUCGUGCUCUCUCGACAUCCGGCUGGAACUUGGCCCGCCAGUCGAAUGUGGUGCCAGACCUCGAACUCGACCCCAGCUUCGACGCCCUCCUCGGUGACAUGCAGAUGCGUUCCAAGAGCCGAUCCAAUACCCCACGCCAAGUGGAGGAGCACGAGCUCGAACUCGUAUCCUCCGGAUUUGGGGUGCGGAAACAGGCCCCAGCAGACGAGGAGGAGGUCGAGUGGCCUGACCGGCGGGAGGAGCGCCGGUCCCCAGCCACAAUCCUCGGUAACAAGAAAAUCGGCAUGGUCGUCCUUCCCGACGCACUCGUUGAGGGCGUCCAGGACGCCAUUGAGGCUACCGAGGACAAGAAGCACGUCCGGUACGCUUACCUCGAGCUCCUCGAGCCUGUGAAGGAGAAGUCGCCUGGCGGGUCCCGUAAUAUGCCGCAGCACGCUAUCGCACGCGCGUCGGCAUUCCUUCCCGCCCAGUACGGGGCCACGUACAACGUCCUCGCCGAGCUUGACAAGCGCGUCGGCGGAAUUACUGGACCACUGCUUGAAGUGUCUGGCGGCCUCGGUCCGGGCCUCUGGGCGUCAUCAGAAGUCUUCGGCGAGGCUGCUCUGCAGGACUUUACGCUCGUCCACCGCACGCGAUUUGGCCUCGACCUCGCACAGGAACUCGCGCAGAACCUCCCAGGUGAUAUCAGCUUCAAGCGCGACAUCACGUCCGUCGCGGGACCACCUCCACAGGUCGUCAUGGCGACGUUCGCUCUGUCGGUGCUCCCGACUGGUCGCGGUCGCCGCGAUCUACUCCAGCACAUGUUGAACCUGGGCGCCGAGCACAUGGUGCUCGUCGACCUGGCAGGCGAGGCGGGGUGGACCGCGAUGAAGCAGGCCCGCCAGUGGCUUCUGGCACAGUCGACUGAGGACAACCCGCUUCACAUCACCGCACCGUGCCCGCACGACGGAGCGUGCCCGCGAGUAGACAUGAUCGAGCCAUGCGCGUUCAGCCAGCGUAUCCAGCGUCCCCGGUUCACGCGUAAGACCAAGCACGCGAAGCGCGGCGAAGAGGACGUGAGCUACUCGUAUCUCAUUGUGUCGAGGGGCCAGCGCCCCGAAGCGCCAAGCGGUCUGGAAGAGGGCGUGGGCCGCUUUGGCGCUGUGGGUCGUGAGGCUGCCGCGAGAGCACUCGCAAAGGUGACGGGCCGCACCGAGAUCCGCGAGGUUGAGGGCGGCGAGGCCGGAGAGCUCGAGGUCGUUGAGAUUGCGCACGACAUCACCCUUCCCGCGAUGGAGGACCCGGUCGAGACUGAGAAGCUGCUCAAGGCCGAGGCGUAUGCGUGGCCGCGCCUGGUCGCGCCGCCACUUAAGCGCUCAGGCUUUGUUGUGAUGGACGCAUGCAUGCCCGACGAGAAACUUAUGCGCUUCACGGUCGCCAAAAGCCUGGGCAAGCAGAGCUACUACGACGCACGCAAGAGCGGGUGGGGCGACCUGUGGCCACACGCGUUCAAGGGCGCUGUCGAGCGUAAGCGCGGUAUCCGCUUGCUCAUUGAGCCGAAUGCUGAGGACAUGGCCCUCCCAAGCGCGGAGGAUGAGCAGGCGUGGCUAGAUGGACAGGCAGACGAGGAGAACAUGUUCGCAGUCGACCCCGAUAUGGACCGCCUCAUCAAGGACCUGGCCAAGGACGCUCUCGUCGAGGUCGAGGACAUUGGCGCCCCAGCGACGGUGUACAGCGCCUCGUCCGACUACGUGCCUGAGCCCGAGGUGACCAAGAAGCGCAAGGAGCCGAAGACUGAGGCGGCGAAGAAACGGGCCGCCCAGCGCGAGAAGCGCGAGACUGCGCGUGAGCGCAAGACCAAGCUCCGCGACGCACGGUCCGACAAGGCUGAACUUACGCGGGCCGACCGCCUCUUCUACCGCGACGCUGACACGGCGACGGUCCGCGAGUUCGAGGCGGACGACCCGGAGACGGAGCCUCUGCGGCCGUUGAGCGAGAUGGAGCCUGGGCUGAGGGAUAUGGGCGCUGCGCUGAAGGAUAACCGCCGCCGUGGCCCUGGCUUCCCGUUCAACACCUACGGACGGGAACUACACACCUCCGCACGGGGACUGCAUACGUCUGCGCGUUCUCUCUCCGUUGCUCCGGGUGCUACGGGAUCCUCGCAAAAGUCGGCGCGGCCCAAGGUCACCGUGGCGAGCCUGCAGGCUCAGCACAACGCCGGCGACCCGAUCACGAUGCUGACGGCGUACGACUUCCCUACUUCUGUGUUGAGCAGUCGUGCGGGUGUGGACAUUGUGCUUGUCGGCGACUCGAUGGCGCAGGUCUGCCUCGGCUACGAGAGUACGAUCCCACUUACUCUCGAGGACGUUGUGUAUCACACGCGUGCUGUCGCGCGUGGCGUCGGCUCGUCCUUCCUCCUGGCAGACAUGCCGUUCGGGUACGUGGCGUCCUCCAUUGAGGCAGGGAUGGACGCGGCCGUCCGGUUGGUGAAAGAGGGCGGAGCGGACGGGAUCAAGAUUGAGGGCGGGCGCGAAAUCAUUCCCCUCGUGGAACGUCUCUCCGCCUUUGGUAUCUCCGUCAUGCCCCACAUCGGCCUGCAGCCCCAACGCGCCGGCGUGACGGGCUACCGUGCACAGGGCCGGACAGCCUCGGCAGCGGCGGACAUGGUCGCCCUCGCGGGCGAGAUGGAAGCAGCUGGUGCAUUUGCUCUACUGGUCGAAGCAGUCCCACACCACGUCGGAACAACCCUCGCACGAUCAGUCAAUAUUCCAACAAUCGGUAUUGGUGCCGGACCCAACACGAGCGGGCAAGUGCUCGUCAUCACAGACGUGCUGGGCAGUUUGGACGUCGGACCCGAGGCUGGUGGUGAGGAGGCGCCGCCAAAGCUGGCCAAGUUUGUUCGCCAGUUCGGCUCGGUCGGGCGUGCGUCGCGCGCCGCGGUCGACGAGUACGUCCGUGAAGUCAAGGCCAGGAGUUAUCCCGCUGUCCCGGCUGAAACUUAUGGUAUGCCCAAGGAGGAGCUGGAGGAGUUUAGGCGGAUCAUGGAGAAGAAGGGGGAGUAG